CGUAAAUAGUAAUUGAUGAAAAAACCGUUUCCUCCAUUUGUUUCACAUGUCUUGUUGUUUAAUAUUCAUUUUACUAUAAGUUUGCAGAGCGUUUAUAAUUUUGAAAUGAACCUGUGGUUAAUUUUUCUGUCAUGCAUUUAUGCUGCUGUUUCACUGGAACAUGAUGACCCCGUAGUUCAACUGUGGAAGAAGCAGGGAAAGAUACGUGGACACAUUUUGAAAAGUGGAAAUGGAAGGGAUUACUAUGCAUUUCAAGAAAUUCCGUAUGCGACUCCACCCAUUGGCCAGAAUAGAUUCAAGGAACCGGAAGAACACGUGGAUUGGAACGGAGUUCUCAACACUACCGUGAAUAGACGGGUUUGCAUGCAAAACAAUGCUGUGGCCCUCACUCCAGUACCUGAUACCAUGGAAAUUACUGAAGACUGCCUAUAUUUGAACGUAUAUACUCCAGUGCGAAAAGUAAAACAAAAUUCAUCACUUGUUAAAUUUUUAGGAUUUUUGACAACAGCUGAUGAGGUGAUACCUGGAAAUUUGGGCCUAAAAGAUCAAGUUCUUGCUUUUGAGUGGGUCAUUCAAAAUAUCCAUCUAUUUGGAGGGGACCCUAAAACAAUUACCGUUAUGGGCGAAAGUGCUGGUUCAACUUCGGCUGGAUACUUCCAUCUCAGCAGAAGACUCAAAGGUCUUGUCCGUGGAUUUAUUUUGGAAAGCGGUUCGCCUUUGUCACCUUUAGCUUCACAGGAUGAUCCUCGUCAUUUUGCUUUCAAAAUGGGGAGAGUUCUGGACCCAAACUUCAAUUCAAACGAUUCAAAGGAUCUUCUAGAUAUACUAUUGAGGACUCCAGCUUCUGAUAUUUUAACAGCUGACGUUCCAAAUGACAGAUACUCAGCAAACAUUAUAGGAAGUAUUGGAAUCUGGGUACCAAUUAUUGAGAAUAAAAAUUGCAGCAAAGCGAUUGUAACAGUUCCCAUGCAUGAGUCUCUCUUACUAGGAGACUUCAAUCGCGUCCCCUUGAUGACUGGAUUCUCUUCCGAGGAAUCUAGAUUUUUUCUAAGGGGUGCUCCUGAACAAUUAGGAAGUUUGGGAAGUAUAUAUGACAAAAAUAUAAGUUUGAUUAUUCAUCCAAGGCUAAAUGUAGCGCCGGAAUAUUUGGAGAUCGCAUCUACUGAAUAUAAAUCUAUUUAUACAACCACAUCAUUCCAGACUGACCCAGGUGCAUAUCUGAAGUACCUCAGUGAAGAGACAUUCACAACGCCCAACAUACGUCACGCUGAGUUAGCAUCCAAAUUUUCACCUGUGUUUGUGUAUCAGUUUUCAUAUAAAGGAAAAAUGGGUGGUCUCACAAACUUAUUACCAAUAACAGGUGAGCAUUUUUUUGGGUGGCAUCAUACAUUUUUAAUUAUGGUACUUCUCUAUUUCAGAAAUCCCACACCCAAACAUGAUGACCUGUUAGACAAUAUCAUUUGGCCUCUUGUUGAGCCUGGAAAAAUUCAGUAUUUGAACAUCAAUGGAACUUUAGAGAUUCGGUCGAAUCCAAAGCAUUACGAUGAAGUGAAAAAAGUUUUCGAAAAUUACAUCAAACCACCACUAGUUGUGUUUUGAGAAAUUGAUGAAACAUGACCCAUUCCAGCUUUAACUUAUAAAUUAUAAUUUUUAGUAAAAUAUUGGUUUUUUAUCA